CGUCAUAGAAUGGGCCAUGACGAGACUCUGAAGUUUCGCCGCAGUCGAUAGCUACACGUUGUUGUGCGCUGUUGUGUACUUACAUUCAGAGCGUCAUCAACGAUACAAAGUAAAACUUUCAGUGUCAAGAUAUAUCAAGAAUAAUGUCACGAAGGACGAAGCAGCCAACAGAAGGGAGAAAUGAUUUGCUCGGCCAAGACAUCUGCAGACAGAAAUGGCCUCGUGAUCGCUUGCCCCCGAGAAGGAGGCAGUAUGAUCAGUUCCAAGAAUUCAAAUCUGAUUCGAAGGGCAACCAAGUGAGGGUGUUGGAGAGACUGCCUAUAGAAUACUACCAACUCAGUAAGACCAGUCGGGACAAGAUUCUGACGCAUCGCCAGGAAACAAUGCGAAGACGGAAGCCUGGUGGACACAGUAGAGAUGGGGACUGCAACAGGAUGGACUGGUUCAGCGACGUGAUAGCCGAUCUAACGGAAGACCGCCCAGUCCCACAGUACCUAACUAGGUAUCAAGAUCGUCUGAAGAGACAUCUGGAAGAACAGAGGCAAACCAUAGAGGAACUGGAGAGGAAGAAAGAGGAAGAGCUAAGGAAGGUUCAGCUUGUUCAAAAGAAACACAGUGUUGCCAGGCAACAGAGGGCGGUGUGUCCAGCUGUCAGCCAUCACAGGAAGGAGAUUGUGUUCAAGUCGAAGAGAGCGCCUGUAGUCAUCCCCUCAGCGGAACCUCCAACAAGAGCUCGUCAGGUCUACAAGGCAAAGAAACCUGCACCGAUCACACUUCCAGUGAUUUCCACAGGGUCGGGUAUUUCCAAUGGUGAACAUGUCUGGGCAAUGGGGGCGUCUGAGGUUGAGAUACACCUGAGCGGACAACGUCUCGGUUCCAAGACGGUUCUCCCUCCAAUACAUAAAAAGAACUCAAGACAGAGAAAGCUAUAAGAGAAGAAACGCAGGGGCUGAGGACUGAAUUCUUCCGAGCGUGGAGUACAGGUCUGUGGAAUGCAGGCCUGUGGAAGGCAGGUCUGUGGAAGGCAGGUCUGUGGAGUGCAGGUCUGUGGAAGGCAGGUCUGUGCGAUAGCCCCUCUGUGUGCUAACUGAAUGCAUGAUGUGGACAUCAACCCUCUCCCUACAGAUACCAUUGAAAGUUGCCAUUACAGACAAUAAUUCGUUGCAAUUUCAAAACCAUGAUUAAGUGUAAUAUAGAGCCUCUAAAAACAUUUGUAAACCAAUUUGCGAAAUAAAAUGUUAAGUAUACUGUAAUGACAGUUAUUUUCCCGCAAACAUUAUAAUAAUCAAGGAAAAAUUGGGAUUCGAAACUAGGAACAAAGGGAUCAUGUCGCUCUUAACGUACUGGUUACGAAGGUUAAAGACAACUGAUCCACCCGGCUUCCCAUACCAGUAUUUCAUUUUCACUAACUCUAUGGACAGGACGGACUAAAGCUACAUUGUUCGACCAGGCCUUUAGACAG